UAGGCGUCAAUAAGAAAAUUUUCCGAUUCAUCUCUUUUCUUUUCUUUCCUUAUUGUCUUCUUGUCCAAGCGUCUGCUGAGGCGCUGGAUACAUUAUCUUUUCUUUGUCUCCCUCAUACACACUCAUCCGAAGAGUUCUCCCUCCUCUCAUCGGGCGAUAACCACAUUUGCCGGCCAUCUCAGAAGCGCAGGCCACCACAACAUCUCCUUCACCUCCUCGCCACCACCGCCGCCGCCCUCGUCAACAACAUGGCGCUUCUUCACAGCAGAAACGCAUAUUAUGUAUGCAACGAGGUCUCCGCACUGUGUCCCGUCUCAGCGACCACCCUGGGCUACUAUCCCAACAAACCGCUGAACAUCUUUGUCGCCGUUGCCUUUGGCCUUGCUGCGGUCAUCACGCUGGGCUUUGGGAUAUGGAAGCGGACGUGGGCUUACAUGUCGUUUAUCGCGGCCGGAUGUGUGCUUGAGCUUGCUGGCUACGUCGGCCGUGUCCUCCUCAACGCCAACCCAUGGAACCAGCAGGCCUUUGAGCUCCAAAUCUGCGCCAUCAUCCUGGCCCCCACGCUCAUCUGCAUCUCCAUCUACCUGACCCUCAAGCACCUCUGCCUGGCCCUGAACCCAACCAUUUCCCGCGUGCCCCCGCGCCUGUUCCCCUAUCUCUUCGUGCCCGCCGACGUCAGCUGCCUGCUCAUCCAGGCCAUCGGCGGCUCGCUGGCCACGCAGGGCGACAAGAACCUGCCCCUGCUGCGCGCCGGCGAUCGCACCAUCAUCGCCGGUAUCGCCCUGCAGGUCGUCGUCCUGCUUGCCUUUGGGCUGCUGAGCGCCGACUACUGGCUUCGUGCGCGGCGCUGGGUGCGGAGCGCAGAGGCCACUGAGGAGGCCAAGGCGCUCUGGGGAGAUCGGAGGGUGAGGAUGUUUGUGGGUGCCAUGAUGGGGGCGUAUCUGUGUGUGCAGGUUCGGUGUAUUUAUCGUGUUGCAGAAAUGGCAGGAGGAUGGGGAAACCCCAUCAUGCAAGACCAGCCGUCGUUUACCGUGCUCGACAGUUUCAUGAUGCUCAUCACCGCGUGGCUCCUGGCUUGUUUCCCGCCGGGCAUCUUCUUCCCAAAUAUGACUAAGGCGUCCAAGGCCACCACCCUUUCCAAGAGGGAAGAGCUGUCGACGCCGACAAAAACUGAAGAUGCCGAGAAGGGUGUGUCCAAGGGUGAAGGGGCGGAGGCCAAGGAGCCGUCAUCAGAAACGGCACCUUGAAGACUUAUCUUCGCUAUUCGUUAUAUUGGAUGUAGUUUUCGUCGGUACUAGUCUUGAAACAUUACCACUUUCUAUAACCGCUCGCCCACCAACCUUUUUAUCAAAGACGUGAGGGGGAAAAUCGCAAAUAGACAGAAGAAGCAAGAAAAAGGCAAAAGAACAUUGCAAAGGGGGGGGGGGGGGAGUACCCUCCUCAGCCGCUCUGUACCUGAUCCUGCAGCCUCUGCAACAACGGCUCAGUCUCCCCCUCCAAAGUUCCGCCGUACGCCAGCCUUCUAUACACGCCCCCAGCAACCCUGGACACUCUCCAGGUUCCCUCUUCCUUGGCGUCUUCAAAGAACUGCUGGUUGUCCUCGAAGCUCCGACCGCCGCUCUCCGGAAGGUAGAUCCAGGUCCAGAUGCCGGCGAAGGCGUUGGUGGCGGCAAAGAUGAGAAAUAUCCAGUACUUGAGGUUGUUGAACAUGAUGGGGCUGACCAGGGUGACGGCGAAAUUGGCGAGUCCCCAGACGAUGACCGAGAUGGCCGAGGCCUGAGCCCGUGCGGCGGUCGCGUAGAUCUCGGUCGGGAUGAGCCAGACCGUCGCCAGCCAGCCGAUACCAAAGGCGCCCGUCGC